GCUUCGCUACUCCGCACAAACUUUGCUACUUUGACUUGAAAGCAGGAAAAAAAAAAAAAGACUAAAGAGCCCGUCCCUGGCGCGCGUCUCCUGUGGGUUUAAGAAUACAGCAGCUGGCUCGUUUUAAAAGAAGUAUUUAUUGAUGCUCACAAAUGUUAGCGGUGGGGCAGAUGGAUACUAAUCGCCAGAGUGCAUUCGUGCUGAGCAGUACACCGCUGGCUGCUCUGCAUAACAUGGCUGAAAUGAAGACGUCUCUAUUCCCCUACACCCUGCAGAAUCCCUCCAGCUUCAAGACACCAACCCUCGGCGGACUGAACACACAGAUCCCCUUGGGGACGCCGCACGGAAUAAGCGAUAUCCUGGGGAGACCUGUUGGAGCUGCCAGUAACCUCCUUAGCGGGCUGCCCCGGAUUAAUGGACUGGCUACCUCAGCAGGGAUGUAUUUUAACCCAGCAGCUGUGUCCAGGUACCCAAAGCCCUUGGCGGAGCUGCCUGGGCGACCUCCCAUAUUCUGGCCGGGAGUUAUGCAGGGCUCUCCCUGGAGAGAUCCUCGACUCGCCUGUCCUGCCCAGACGGGAAUGGUUCUGGACAAAGACGGAAAGAAGAAACAUUCACGACCAACUUUCUCAGGGCAGCAGAUUUUUGCUUUGGAGAAAACCUUUGAACAAACGAAAUACUUGGCAGGCCCAGAGAGAGCUCGUCUCGCCUACUCGUUAGGAAUGACAGAAAGUCAAGUCAAGGUGUGGUUCCAGAACAGGAGGACGAAGUGGAGAAAGAGGCACGCAGCAGAAAUGGCCUCGGCUAAGAAGAAACACGAUUCAGAGACUGAGAAGCUGAAGGAGAGCUCGGACAAUGAGGACGAUGACGAAUAUAACAAACCUCUGGACCCCAACUCAGACGAUGAGAAAAUCACGAGGUUAUUGAAAAAGCACAAAUCCACAAACUUAGCCCUCAUCAGCCCCUGCAGCACCAACUCGGACACGUUGUGAUA